CAGAAAGCGGGAGUGAUCAUCUUGAGAUCCAUGAAAGUAGCAGAGUAUAUGGAAACGGUUUGGACAAAAUGGAAGAAAAGGCCAGACUUCAUAUUGAAAAUCUGGGCUCUACAUCAUUCGACACAUUAGAUGAAGAGCAGGAUACAGGGUAUUUGUCUGAUUCUUCUGCGUUGGAAGAUUUACCCACGAGACGAGGCCGGAAACGAAAGGACAUGUGUCCGGACGAUGCCGAGAAGAAACGAGUGACAGCGAACUUCCAAGAACGACAGCGCAUGCUUACUCUCAACAGUGCUCUGGACCGACUCAGAGAAUGUCUUCCUGAUCAGUUCAAGGUUGGAAACCGUAGAACCUCCAAAAUCCGAACCCUCCGGCUGGCUGCCAGUUACAUCCGAAGCUUGGGAGACCUUUUAAAACAGGAUUCGAUCAUCCGUGAAUCAAUGCCACCACAGCCGGGAUUCGACCCUCGAGUUCCAUGUCUGAACGACGUCAACAGACAGGGGGAUGGCGGGGAGAUCUACACACCUGAGAAGGACAUUUCCUUCCCCCAGCAACAGGAGGCCCUGACCCACACAACGCCCGACUACAGGUACCCGUUCUAUGGACAUCAUCAGUUUGGUUCAAGCCCCCACUUCAACUACAGCAGCCACACGACGCCCUCAUCACUGCAGCAACAUCCGGCGUUCUCACAACAUCCUCUACAGUAUCUCCCUAUGUAUCCCCCGCAGUUCUACCCCCCGGGACUCCAUCACCUCCCACCUGCGAUCAUAGGGGAACCCGUCAACCAGCACCUUCGGUAAAGCGGUGCUGAUGAUUUACUUAAGACACUGCCAACGUUCGAAUUAGGUGCUACCCCAACUUCCAGACAGAGUAGGGCCGUCGGUUGGUCUGGCGGUUAAAGCACUGGCUCGUCAUUCCGAAGUCCCAUGUUCAAUUCCCCCAUGGGUACGAUGUGUGACCCCCAUUGUUGGUGUAGCCUCUGCGAUAUGGCUGGAAGAUUGCUGACAGAGGCGCAAAACAACAUUCAUUCAUGAAAGACACUACAGAUCUUGUAUGCAGGCACAGGAGUCCGUAUCUAAAAUAGACGCCCUCAUGCAUAUUCAUGACCAUCUCCGCACGCGAGC